AACGGCCCCCUUCCUGAUCUGACACACACAUAUGCAGUGAAACGGCAUGCGGAUCCUCAUGCAUCAUGUCCUCUUUCGACUGUUAACCGUUUGUGGUGAAAUUCUGAGCUUGACUGAGUUAUCUGUCCGUUUCAGGUAUAUCUGUGUGUUUUUUUACACUCAUGAGUGCAUGUGGGAGUGUUGGGUGGGUGGGACAGGACCAAAGAUAACACCUAAGAAAGACUUGAACAAAGUGACAGUUUGCACCACAGGCUAUAUUUCUCAACCAAGUAAAAACUGACUCAGACACUGACUCCGGUUUAGCAUUUUGUGAAUACAGUCCAGCAGUUCUGAGUGUUGUCAACUCAAAACUGUCUCUGAAAUCUCCGGCAAGAAUUAUACCAUUGACAAAGAUGCCGCUCCCAUCAUACCAGUCAUCCCGCUGAUGAAGUGAGAAGCUUUUCUCACUUCAUCUCUGUGCACCGUAGCAGGAAAGCGGCGGUGCAAUCAAUAGCAAAAAUAAUGAGUGCAUUCCAUUCAGGUGAAUCAGUUUCAGCAUACCGGUGCAGUACGUGCCAGGACGCUCGAAAGAAACCGGCCAUGUGGUAAUGUGAUUUAUUACUAUUGUACUUUUCCUGCCAUGACAAGUCAAAAUGUGUCUUCCUCGCCAGUGGCACCAUGAACUCUGCUUGGCGAGACAAUAGUUGGCACAUUUGAUGUUUUAAGUGGCUGUGACCUAGAGUACAAAAAGCCCAAGAGGCGUGAGUAAAACUGCUGUUUACUUCCCUCCUGUGAUUUUAAUUUUCUUACUUCCUGUUAUUGAAGCACUUUGGCACUCUCUCUUGAUGCCAGGCUAUAGAGUUGUGUCUAAUUUUCAAUGACUAAGCCAUAAAAAUGAGCACUAAUGUGGCCCGGAGUGACUUUCCUAACCUGAAUCUGUGGAACGACUCGUACGCAAGACUUCAGGCUGAAGGCUACAGGGAGCAGCGGUGAACAGAGAGCAGGGAUGUGUGUGUGCGUGCGUGUGUGUGGAGGGAGAAUGUAUGUGUGCCUAUAAGACAGAUUUUACGUCUGUGUGGCUCGGCUUUGAUGUUCCAACACACACACGCCUUCAUGCACUCGCACGCGCACACACUACAAAUGAUUGUUUUUAAGAAUUCAAGCCAGGGAGCUCCAAUAGGCAGCCUGCCAGCUGGCCACGGUCCAGGGAGCGGAGCAUAGCCAGCACAGAGAGAAGGAACCUGUCUCAAACACGCACGCAUACACGCACGCACACACGCACACCACUCUACUUUUACUGACUCUUCUACACCUGUCCUUGUUUUAUGUCUCCGUACUCGUGCCUUUCCUCAUCUCUUUACCUCUCUUUCUCUCGUCCUCUCAUCUACAGCAUCUCAAAGCUCUCCACUUUCCUUUCACUUGUCCCUUCAUCUUUCAUUCUCCCUUACAAGCACAUACACACACACACGCACACGCACAUGUGCACCCCCGCCCCCACACACACACACACAUCCCCCGCUCCUCUCUCCGUAUGCCUCACAGCAGCAGCGCACUCAUGACUUUUGAUAUUGACAGUCUUGCUCUUCUCUAGUGUCUGUUUCCCCCGACCAUCUCCCCCUUCAUCCAACCAUUGAACCCCCUCCUUUUUUACUCUUCCUUUACUUUAUUUUCUCUCCACAUUUUGGCCUCAGUGGCACUCCAUGUCAUUCCAGUUCCAUCUAUCUCCCUCCCCCCCGGUUUUAUCACUCAUCAUUACCCAGGGGAUUGGCCUUAGAUGGCUGAUAGAGCCUUUUGGCUAAUUGUCACCAUUUAGAUUCACUGGUUGUUAACCAGUCAGAAUAAUCACAUACACACAUGCACACUAGAAGCAGCGUGGGGGUGUUGCUGGUUUUGCUGUGUGACUGUGGAAUGCGUAGGAUGAGUUUUUAUGGAGUGCUGUUUACUUUGGCCACCACCAUUAAACUUUUAACGGCUGCCAAUUAACGGGCCAGCAAGGACACUCUGUGGGGCAUGAAACCAACUUCUGGAAAACAGACUCCGGCAUCCGCACAGCCACACAGUCUAGCACCAUAUUCUAAAGAUAUGUUGGUCUGCCAAGAUUUCCUCAAUCCCACAACCUAGUUCAACGUCCUUGAAGACAAGGAACAAAGUGAAACGAUCAUUCACCUCCCAGUGACCUCCUUGGAGGACUCGCGGUGUGUGUUUCAGGGCUAGGAGUGGGAGUGAUGCUUUCUCCUUUUCGUCUUAGGUUUUGGGAGGAAAACUGUGUUUUGUAGAAGAGCAAAUUCCAUCCAUUCAAAAUCUGCAAACACUUGGCAGUAGUGGUCGGCUGUGGUUUCUGUCACCCUUCUGUCCACUGUAAAUAAUGUCAACUCAUCUGGCAUGUUUGUGCAAGAGUGCAUUUAUGGUGAAAAUAGAACCAACUGGCUGUAGUUUUUCAGUGUUUUUCCAAAAUUAGGGUCUUUUAUGAUAGAUUGCAGAGAUAAACUGUUUGUGUAGGGUGCUGCUGAAUGUCAACGCUGGGAAGAAACAUGAAUUCUCUCUUGCUUCCCCCUUUCCUAUUGACAGGGUACCCGGGCUAUUCAGGAAGUCUUGCUUCUCCUUUUCUUUCCAUGAGUGCCCUGGAUCACCAUAGCAGCAGUCUCUAUGGACAGCCCCGCUUCUAUGAAACCCAAAAAGAUCACUUCUACCUGAGAGGCCUUCCUCCCCAGUCUCCUCUACUCUCCACCAAUCACAGCCUUCCUCCACUGUCCAGGACAGCUUUAGGCCACCCACUUGGCCCCUGCAGUCGCGAGAUGGACAGUGGGGGAGGAGGUGUGAAGAGCUUUAAAGAUGUGGGAGAAAAGGGGGGUUUGUCAAAAGAGAGGGAAAAAUUGAGCAGCAAAGAGCGACACCAGGACAGCAAAGAAAAGCAGCAGCUUCACAACCAACACCAUUCUCAUCAGAUGAACUCUGCCACCACUCCAUCCAGCAUCCACCAAGCUUACUCCCAUCCACAACAUGCCCUUCUUCCACAUCUUUCCUUCCAGGGUCGGGAACAAGACCACAGAAACUCUUUAGAGCGACACAAAGAGUAUAAAGACAGUGACUUGGGUAGUCAGGGAGCAAAACCUAUGAGUGCCUGUAAACUGUCCAGUGGGACAGGGUCAGAGGGUGCCUGUGAAGCAAAAGGUGGAACACUAAGCAGCUGCAGUGGUGGGGCAAGCAGACUUUCAUCUGGAAUAAGCCGGCAAGGCUCAAAAGAUGCUCCCAUAACUGGGGAAAUGAGAAUCAGUGACUCUUCAACUUCUUCAUCUGAGUGUAUGCGUCGAGGAACUGUUACAGCAGCAUCAUUCCUGACACCCCCGACCCCUCACGCUGUAGCUUCCUACUCCAUGCCUCCACCCCCUGCACCACCGCCUCAUACCUUACACAUAGGCUCCACAGUAUCUGGAGGGUGGCUACACCCUGCAAAUCACCACCCGCAUCCUGAGUUUUACUGUCCUCCUCCCCCACCUCUAACACUUACACCUUCAAAAGAGCCCACAUCCAGCCCUGGAGGAUCCAGCAGGGAAGCAAAGGUCAAUGGCUCAACUUAUGUGCCCUCAGUUGGAUCACAAGGGGACAUGUCCCCCUCUGACUGCCAUGGAGCAAGCGGAGGGGCGAGAAAAGACGAAAAAACCGUAGAGGGAUCCCAUGAAAGUCCCUCUCACCAUCCCAGCCGCCUUAGUAGCUGCCAGAAGAAGGACAAAUCCCAGCCCCACCUACAGCAGACGGGAUAUGGCAAAGCUGACAAACCUCCUGAUUGGAAUCAGCAGACACAUCACUUCAACAAACCUGGCUCCAACGGAAUUUCUCAACCUGAACUUCGGUCCUGCAGCUUAGAAACAAAUCUCUCUUUUAAAGAUGCUGAUGUUGCAAAUGAGAUUUGCCAUCAUCUCCCACAAGCCAAGUCUGGUUCUGAUACUGGCACUUCCUCACUAAGGGACUGUUCUCUCUCAAGUCCAGAUGGAAAAGUGGGAUCUGGACUUGGAACUCAGAGGGAAGGACAAAAGGUUGCAAGGAUACGACAUCAGCAGCACAACAGCCAGACUGCAGCCACAGAGGAGCAGUUAAGGGAUGGAAGUCAGGCAGCAUCUUCAUGGGGAGCUCUGGGGAGCCAGCAAGAAGACCAGAGAAAAGGUAGUCAUCUUGGAUCAGUUAGUAAACAGCCUCCUCCCCUGUCCCAUUCCUUGCCACACACAGCUGAUGGUGAGGGAGGUGCCAUGAAGAACCUUAUGAACUACAGCUCUCAGCAACCUUUGUUACUGCCUCAGCGGAGCCCCUUCGGAGGUCUGGGCUGCCUUAACAAGAGUGGGGAGAGAUCAGAGAGGACAGACAGAGGAGGAGCUAAAAGCAACACUUCCCUGCAAGACCCCUCCAAACAAUCUCUCCCUUCUCGCCGUGGCUCCACUAACGAGGGUGAAAAGACUGACAGGGGUGCAAAGGAGGCCGGAGAAGCCGGAGAGGGGGAGGUCCGACAGCCUCCAGUGGGCAUUGCUGUCGCUGUAGCCAGGCCCCCCCAUCGUUCUCCAGACAGCACUCCUGGAAACAGCAGACAGGGCCGGGUGCUGCCCAGCCUGAAAGGAGUAUCGCGCACUGUGUAUCCUCUUGGUCGGGAGUUGGAGGAGAGGAAGAGGAUGUCAGAGGACCAGAUUGGUCUUCAUCACCACGACAGAGAUAGAGAACUGGUCAUCAGGGAAAACAAGGACUGCAUGGAGUUCGCUCGGAUCCACCCAUCCAGUAGCUGCCAUGGUGACCUGACCCCUCACCUCCUUGUCCCCGGUGGAGCAAACCAAUUAGGGGACCCUGUUGCACAUGCUCACCCAGCUCACCGCCACUGGAUGCAGAGGACAGGAAGUCCCUCCCUCUGGAUGGGCCCUUCAUACGGUCUGAGCCAUGUGGGGAUGAGCCCCAGCUUCCCACCAGGUCUUCCCAACCCUCUACAGCCAGUCUUGGGGUCCCUCAGCCAAGAUCCUAACUCCCCUCUUGUGGUUCUUCCUACAGAACCAGGGCCUCAUCAUCCUCUCGGUAUGAAAAGCAGACUUUCACAGCAACAACAGUAUGCAUAAUGAUUGUUGUGUACCCAGGCUUACUGCCUUGCUGCCUCCUGCUUUCUUCUCAUUUGUACAAUGGAUGCUGCUGCUGCCGGUCCUCUCUCUGAGUUUUAGUAUCACUGGCUAAUCAUAAUAUAAUGCUCAACUAAGCCCCUCUGUCAGAGGGACAAUGUUUUAUUGCUUUGUUAAUGGGAGCUGCUAUUCCAUUGCCCCCUCUGCAUGUGCCUAACAUUACGCAAACCAUUUGAACUGGCGUUUCAUCCCUCUUGUGGUAGAGUGUAGAGGUGCUUAGACUGUGUGUGCAUGUUAAAAGUCAUGUUAAUGUCUAAAGCAACAUGUAGGGACAGUGU